GUUGAAAACAAUGUUUAAAGGAUACUUUAGCGACCACAAGAUUCGUGGCUUUUACAAGUUCUUAAACGUCAAAUUGUUUCACAUCAGUCAGCUUGAGAAAAUAAUCAUCACUGCAUUUAUCAUUAUCAGUUGUCUUUACAAUAUGUAUUGUUUAGUUUAAUUUCUGAUGGCAUAUGUUAGCAGUAAGAUUUUUUAGCAUCGAUUGGGCCUAUUAGUCUAUAAAUAUAUUUAUUUAGCAAUUUGAUGGUGUUAAGGAACUGUACAGUAUUCGAAAUAAAGUCUGAUAUCCUUUUCACUGAAAACACAACUUAUAAAUAAAAUAGACUAUAUUUUAAAGAAUGUGAUAGAUAAGAAAAGUUGAGAUCAAAUUAUACUGGAAAACAAAAGCUUGUGUUAAAAUAUUUUCCAUGUGAAUGUCCAUCAAGUUACGUUGAUAUAGGACAGCUAACUACUUAAAAGUUUAUUCUGUAAAGCAAAUGGAAUUAAUCUGUACGACCUUACAAGGAUUUAUUACUUUACAUUUAACGAUAACGGAGCUGAGAAAGACUUCGGAAAAAAACUAAGCUACAGUACUUUUUGUAUCAGAGGUGACAAUUUUCCCUUUUUAAUAUAAUUUUGUAUGAUAAAAGUCAUACAUUAGUUCGCAUUCUUCAUUGUUCACGUUAUUACGACUGAAUGUGGUUUUAUUUAGAAGUUUUGCCCCACUAUUGUUUUGAGUAACUUUCUCCGUACAGGGAUGCACGUUGUUCAUCAUGCGCAACACUUUAAAAAUAAUUGCGAGGAAAGGUGCGUGAUUUUGCGUUUAAACCGGAAUUUACCAUCUUGAUUUUUUUUUCUCCCCGCUGAACUGUAAGGUAAAUAAUUUUAAGGGAAGGCGGUUCGUAUUUUACCUGUAUAUUUUCACGCGUUGCGACAAUACGGAGCAUUUGAUCUGAAAGGGUAUGUAAAGCAAUUCAGUAAAAGCCAUGGAAGUUUUCAGCAUCGCGCUCUAUGAAUAUAGAAAAUGAAAACUGUCUCCAACUACAACUGAGUGGCGUUGUUGCGCCGGUAGGAGAGAAGAUGUGUCCUUUUCCACACAGAGUCAGCCAGGAAAAGCUGGGAAAUCCACACAAAAACAGACACAGAAAAGGCUUUUCACAGCAUCGGAGGCGAGGAGCUCCGGCAGGAAAAUACAGUGACAUGACGCUCCCGUUUAGAUAUUAAUUCUUCCACUGUCUCAGCCCAAGGCCACUGUCUUGCGAGAGCACCCGGUUUGCAAAAGCGUCCCCCGGUUUCCUUUCACUUUUGUUGGCAUGCCUCUGGAGCUCGGUCUCGGGGGCUCUUCCUCCAUUCUUCAAGCCCAUGAACGGCAGUGCGGAGAACCAGGAACAGGACUGGACCAGCAGACCGCUAUGGCUUUGUCUGAACACCCGUAGUCUGCAGAUUGCGUUGCCGUCGGUCCUUACGGCUGUAGGUCAAAAUCUAUCUGAAGAAAAAAAGUAAGAAAUAAAAAAAAAAUAGCAGGAAGAUGGCGCCCACUAAGCCUAGCUUUCAGCAAGACCCUUCAAGAAGAGAACGCGACCCCUACUGGGAGAGGCCAGCUAAUGCCAGCUCCUGUUCAGCUUCUAGGCCCAAGACACUCCACCUUGGAGGGCAACAACAUACCUCAUCACCAUGGCUGCAGGCGCUGCGGAAGGAGAAGUCCCGGGACGCGGCCCGCUCCCGCCGGGGGAAGGAGAACUUCGAGUUCUACGAGCUCGCGAAGCUCCUGCCGCUGCCCGGCGCCAUCACCAGCCAGCUGGACAAGGCCUCCAUCAUCCGCCUCACCAUCAGCUACCUGAAAAUGAGGGACUUUGCCAAUCAGGGAGACCCGCCCUGGAACCUGAGGAUAGAGGGGCCCCCUCCCAACACGUCUGUGAAAGCUAUAGGGGCUCAGCGCAGGAGAAGUCCCAGCGUUGUGGCAACAGAGAUCUUUGAACAGCAUCUGGGAAGCCACAUUCUCCAGUCUCUGGACGGAUUUGUAUUUGCACUAAACAAGGAGGGAAAGUUUUUAUACAUCUCUGAAACUGUGUCCAUAUACCUGGGGCUCUCACAAGUGGAGUUGACAGGCAGCAGCGUGUUCGACUACGUCCACCCGGGAGACCACGUGGAGAUGGCAGAGCAGCUGGGCAUGAAGCUUCCCCCAGGACGCGGCCUGCUCUCGCAGGGCACGGCAGAGGACGGCGCCAGCUCAGCAUCUUCGUCUUCGCAGUCCGAGACCCCGGAGCCAGUGGAAUCCACCAGCCCCAGUUUGCUAGCGCCUGACAAUACCCUUGAGCGCUCCUUCUUUAUACGAAUGAAAUCCACACUGACCAAGAGGGGUGUCCAUAUCAAAUCAUCUGGAUAUAAGGUCAUCCACAUCACGGGCCGCCUGCGCAUCCGCCUGUCCCUGACCCACGGGCGGACGGUGCCCAAUCAGAUCAUGGGAAUGGUGGUGGUGGCCCAUGCCCUGCCUCCGCCAACAAUCAACGAAGUCCGGAUCGACUGCCAGAUGUUCGUCACCCGCGUGAACAUGGACCUCAAUAUUGUUUACUGUGAAAAUAGGAUUAGUGACUACAUGGAUCUGACUCCGGUAGACAUUGUGGGGAAGAGAUGCUAUCACUUCAUCCAUGCUGAAGAUGUGGAAGGAAUCAGACACAGCCAUUUAGACUUGAUGAAUAAGGGCCAGUGCGUGACCAAGUAUUACAGAUGGAUCCAGAAAAACGGAGGGUACAUCUGGAUCCAGUCCAGCGCCACCAUCGCCAUCAACGCCAAGAAUGCCAACGAGAAGAACAUCAUCUGGGUCAACUAUGUGCUCAGUAACCCAGAGUACAAGGACACUCCGAUGGACAUCGCGCAGCUUCCCAACCUCCCAGAGAAGGCUUCCGAGUCCUCCGAGACCUCCGACUCCGACUCGGACUCCAAGGAGAACUCGGAGGACAACGAGAACUCCAAGUCUGACGGGAAGGGCAACCAGUCGGAGAACAGCGAGGACCCCGAGUCGGACAGCAAGAAGCAGCCGGGGAACCCGUCGGACAACGAGAUGAACUGCAACGAGGACGGCAACAGCUCCAGCAACCAGGAGAGCCAGGACAGCGAGGACAGCUUCGAGCCCUCGGACUACGAGAGCAGCAAGGCGGCGGAGGAGGACGGCUUCGGCGCGCUGGACUCCAUGCACAUCAAGGUGGAGCGGUACGCCGAGGGCGAGGCGGAGUUGCGGCUGCCGGGCCGCGAGUCGGUGACCUCGGACAGCGCCAAGGACUCGGACAGCGCAGGGGAGGCCAGCACCCCGUCUUCCAGCAAACACCAGAAGAGGAAGAAGAGGAGGAAAAAGCAAAAGGGAGGCAGCGUGACCAGACGCAGGCUGUCCAGCACGUCGAGCCCCAGCGGGCUGGACCCAGCCAUAGCGGACCAGCCUCAGCUGCUCUCCUCACCAAACAGUGCCUCAGUGCUCAAAAUCAAGACUGAAAUCUCAGAGCCUAUCAACUUUGACAAUGACAGCAGUAUCUGGAACUACCCUCCCAACCGGGAGAUCUCAAGGAACGAAUCCCCCUACAGUAUGACCAAACCCCCCAGCUCCGAUCACUUCCCCUCCCCGCAAGCCAGCAGCAGCAGUUUACAAGUCGCCAUUCCCGACUCCGUGCUCACCCCCCCCGGGGCCGAGAGCUCCGGCAGCCGCAAGACUCAGUUCGGCGGCGGCGCCACGUCCGCCUCCAGCGCGGCCAGCCUGCCCCCGGUGUCCUCCUCAGACCCCCUCUCGCCCCCCCUCUCCGCCUCCCCGCGGGACAAGCAACAGGGAACUCCAAGCACUUCCAGCUCUUUGCUGUACGCCGGCGACCUGGAAGCUCUCCAGAGGUUACAGGCCGGCAACGUGGUGCUCCCUCUGGUUCACAGGGUAACCGGGACCCUCGCCGCCACCAGCACUGCUGCCCAGCGGGUCUACACCACCGGCACCAUCCGCUACGCCCCGGCUGAAGUCACCUUAGCGAUGCAGGGCAACCUGCUGCCCAACACCCACGCGGUUAACUUUGUGGACGUCAACAGCUCCGGUUUCGGGAUCGACCCCAAGACUCCCAUGGAGAUGCUGUACCACCACGUCCACCGCCUCAACAUGUCGGGACCGUUCGGGGCGGCCGUGAGUGCCGCCAGCCUGACCCAAAUGCCUGCAGGGAAUGUCUUCACGACGGCGGAGGGCCUGUUCUCCACCCUUCCAUUUCCUGUCUAUAGCAACGGAAUUCACACCACGCAGACUCUGGAGCGGAAAGAAGACUAGAACAAAAUACCGAGACCAUAUUACUGUGUUCACUGUCAAAGACUCUGAGGCAUAAGACUGUGUUUGAUUUGGGAAAAAAAAACUUAAUUCUAGCACUUUGAAUCUGAGCAAGUGAGCUCAUGUUAUGGAAAUGAAUGGUCCCCAUGUCUUUCUCUCUCUCUGUGUAUCUUUCAUUAUCUUUCUCUCUGUUGAACUAAAACAGAUUAUUCUUUAUUGUAAAGAGUUAACUUUUUUGCCUUCAGAGAGUCAAGAAUACCUGAUGCCUGCUCUUUCGUCUUCUAAGAUGUGCUUUUAUUUUAAGUCUUUACAUCUUUAUGAAGAUGUCUUCAGUUUGUCUUAAAGGUAAUGGUUAAGAUAAUUUCAGUACAUAAAACCUAGAGGUUUUUAAUUCAUAACUUGAUGUGAUCAAGGUUGAAGGAGACAAACAGAGAAAGUGUACCCUGCUUGAAUAAGUUAAACCGAAGGGGAUUUUGUUGCUGUUCCUCAUUUGUGGAGAGCACUACAGAAUUUAUGCAGUGUUUCGUCUUUUUAUAUAACUCACAAUUUGCUUACUUACAAACAACACAUUUGAAGUAUUUUGGCCCAUGAUUAGAAUGUUGCUAACCUGUGCACAGAAUGUCAAAAGAAAGUACAAAGUGCUUUUGAAACAGGUUAUUAAGAUAUUUACAUUUACAUUUCCUCUUAAAAACAUGGUGCUACCAUUUAGUAACAUUCAAACAACAGGCUGGAGUAGACGUCUUGUUGAAGAAGUAUAUAUAUGAAUAAAAAAUGGAAGAUUUUAUACUGGGUAUCUAGUUUGUCACUGCAGCCUCUCCGUUAGAAUAGAUAAGGAACUCUUUCAUUCAUGUGCUGCAGGACAGGAAAUUCUUACCUCCAAGCUAACAAAAAUAGCCUCACAUUAACCUUUCUCUUGGGUCAGUCAGCUGUUUUGAAGUGUACGAAAGCUCAAUUAAAUUGAGCUCAGGAACAGAACUUGAGCAGGUUUAUUUUAUUUUUCUCUUUAAUGAUAAUCUCAGUAUAACUGAGGCUAAUUCGCAACAUUAACUUUAAAAUAUUUUUUUUUACAAAUAUUUAACUUUAAUCAAUCACCGUUUAAAUGUUUGGUUUUGGUCUCAUUUUUUACAUUGAGAAUCCUUUAUCUGUGACCUCUGGCUUUUAGCUUUCUUUUUUGCAUUGAUUUGACAUUCAGAAUUGGACGCAUUGUGAUAAAAAAAAAAAUCACGGAUUGGUCAAUGAGACUGUAAUAGGUACGUGCAAUUCAAAACAAGAAGUCAUGCGUUUUGGGAAAAAAAAAAAGUUCACAUUCCUAGUUUUUUCUCUCUCUGUUGCCAAAAAGUAAAUAUCACGGUUCGGUGUUGAAAACACUGUGAUUGUUGUUUUAAAAAAAAAAAAGAAAAAUUCUAAAAAAAUAUAUGAUUCUUCCACUUCAUCUUUUGGCAGCCGUUCAUCAAAGGCGUCUAUUAACAAAGUGAGAUCCGUAAUGUGUACAACGUGUAAGUGUCCUUGGCUGUCAGUCUCAUUGCAAUUUCAGUGUGUGUUACUAUAUGCAGUAUAUACGGAGCUGAUGUAGCUGUUUUGUCCCUUGUCUUCUCUGUGCUUUAUCUAGUCUGGGGGGCUAGUCCCACUCCUGCUGUCCUAGUGAAACAGUGAUUCUUGGGGGUUAGUGGAUUUUGUGUGGUGGCCUUCCUAUGUAAUGUCACCUUUUUUCUGCUUCCUCUUGUCUGUAUUCUUUUGUUUCUGCUAUUGCUUUGCUGUUGUGUAGUCUACAGACCUCGUUCUCUCAGAGAUAAAAGACUCUUAACUAGUUCAAGGUUUCAUGGAGCCAUUUUUCCCCGCAGAGGAAUUCUGGGUAUGACUUCAGUUUCCUGCUUGCUACACAUUUACACUUUAAAUAAAAAAAAACAACAACAACAAGUAACGCUUAGAUGUAUGUAACAGACUGAUACCAUAAAGCCUCAGUUGUAAAAACAUUCCCAGAGUCCCUUGUGCUUAUCUUGUAUGUAUUGGGUGUAUUUCAUUGGUUUCCACUGAACCUGUUGAAUUCAAGGACCCUGCAACACACUGGAAAAAAUAUCAUGAAUAUUCUUUAAAGGCAAAUACGAUUUUAAAAUUUCUUAAUGAAAUGAGACAAAACGUUUCACACUAUAAAUCUAUUUUUAUAGGUUUUUUGGAUGCAUGUUUACUAAGUUGACAGUUCGGUUUGCCCGAUUUUGUUUGGUCCAGCAGCUUUGUCAGCAUUAAGUGUUUUUAAUGUUAGUCUGUCCAGCAAAGCGAAGGCAGGCAGAUAUCUGACAUUUUGUUGGAUCGGUCUUCUCCUUUACAAAGACGAGGACACAAGCAGCGAGCAGUCUCUGUGAAAGUGUGUUGUUUUGUUUUCUAACCCAGGUACUAAAUCAAUGCAAAUAAACCUAACAGGGGCAUUGGAAAGGAUCCAGCAAUUUAAGCCAUCCACGGAAAGCAGGAGUUUAGUGUCCCUCUACAAGUGUCCUGGAUUAAUUGAUUGUUGUGUUUUUGUACAUAAAAAGGUGGGGCAGCUCAGGGGCAGCUCUAGACUAACACACUGUGGACAGCCCAGGAAAUACACCCAUAUGUUACAACAGAACAGCAGAGGAGCUGUUUUAAUGUUUCUGUGUUGUGUCAAAAUAAUUGCUGGUGAUUUAAACUAACAAAUAAUCUCAGCUGCUGUCAAAAUACAUAGUGUUUAAAAUUACAGUAUGAAAAAAAAAACACUUCAUUACCUGUGAAGACUGUGUCUGUGUUUUUAACUAUUUCUUGUACAAUUAUACAGAAUCUUUUAUGAGGAAAUUGGUGCCAAGUAGCUGAAUAAUGGGGAAAGGGAUUCUCUUAGUAUCAAUGUUAACAGUGUUACAAAUUCUAAAUACAAAAAAAUUAAAAUAUUAAAAAGAGAAAACUAUGGUACAUUUUAUUUUUUUGGGUUUUAAAACUUAUAACUAACUGAAGCUAACUUUUGAGUGCCUGGCUUAUUUUUUAAAACAUCUUUUUUUCAUUGACCAUUGGAUAAUGCUGCAAUUCAGAAAUGUACAUACUUCAUUUACAACAGGGUUAUUUUAUACUUUUGUAGAUUCUCAUCAGUUCAAAGAAACAUGUCAUACAUGGUUGUCUUUAUGUAACUCGAUUUUCUAUCAUCCAACAGGUACCAUAUUCAUAAUAAACUUCUCUUGGAUUCGUUA